UGCUUGUCGGACGCGGUCACGAUCGUUCCAAACGGGGCUAGUGCAGGCGCUUACUGCCGUGUCUCUCUGUGUGUGCGUGUGUGUACUCUGUCAACGUCCCAAUUCCGGCAGCCCAACCACUGGGCGGCCCUUGCUGGACCGCGUUUCGUAAUAUCGUGGUUUCGUGGUUUCGUGUUUCAGUUCGGAUCGUGCGCCGAAGGUUGAGGCAGCUUUCGAGUGCAGCAGCGUAAGUGCGUAGGUCACUCGGCGCAAGUGUGCAAAUAAUACUCCAAAGUGCGGUUCCAAAGUGCGUACUUGUGUGUGUAUGUGUGUGUGCUUAUCGUCAUAGAUGCCCCCACACCGGUGGUUGGCCUAAGUGUUAGAAGGAAGGAAGUAAAAAGCGGCCAAAUGCAACCAGACGCAGAUUGCAUCUGGUAGUUGAUGUAGUUUGAAGUAGUUCCCGUUCUGUUGUCGUGAACAAGUGACAUCGUCGCAAGCCAUCGGCGUCGUUGUUGUUUUAAUUUGAGUAAUCGAGUAUCGAGUCAGUGGUCAGUGAACCCUUUUUUUUGUAGCAGCAAGAAACCAACGCGAGUGCAAAACCGAAACCAUCAUCGAAGGAAUCAUGCCGCUUAUUGGAGUUGACGCAGAGCGACGAUGAGCGCACGCUGGUUGCAGCAGCUUGGCGGCAUUAGGCGAUACUACUGACUGACGUUGACACGUGUUAUCAAGUGACACACACACACGCGCGUACAGAGUGCAGAGUGAGAUAAAAAGGCGAGGAAAGAAGUGCAGCAGCUCCGGAUUCCCCGAGCGAUCGAGUUCGAGAAGCAAAACAAAAGAGAUCCAAUCCAAGAUGACGUCAUCGUACGAGCGCAUCAAAUCGGAGUGCAAACAGAAGGGUGUCCUGUGGGAGGACGAAGACUUUCCGGCCACACAGUCCUCCGUGUUCUACCACCAGACGCCACCAUUCACCUUCCAGUGGAAACGUCCGCAUGAAAUCGUCUCGAAUCCGGUGUUCGUGAAUGACUCCACGGCUCAGUUCGAUAUUGUCCCCGGGAAAAUGGGCGAUCGGUGGUUGGUGUCCUGUUUGGGUGUGCUCUACCUCUCGAAGGGACUGUUCUAUCGGGUCGUACCGGCGGAUCAGAACUUUGAUAAGCCCUACUACGGUGUGUUUCGCUUUCGGUUGUGGUGGUGCGGUGAGUGGCUGGAGGUGCUGGUCGACGAUCGAUUGCCCACGAUCAAUGGUAAGCUGGCAUUCCUGCAAGCCCAAAACUCCAACUCCUUCUGGCCCGGACUGCUGGAAAAGGCCUAUGCAAAACUCCACGGAUCGUACGAAGCGCUCAAGUAUGGAACGCUGCUCGAUGGAUUGGCCGAUUUGACGGGCGGUAUCACGGAGUCGAUCUCGAUCAAGGUGGACAGCAGCAUACUCAUAAGGCCCCCGUUGCUCCAUAAUCUGCUCGACACGACCAGCAUCAUCACGUGCACGAUCAACAACGGUACCAUGACGCAGAUCCGCAACCAAACCGAAGCCUUACCGAACGGUAUCCACAUCGGCAUCAACUAUCGACUAUGCUCGAUGGAUAAGGCGGAAACCAUUAUGGGCGAUACGGUGCAGCUGGUGCGGCUGAGAAAUCCGUUGGCACAAACAUUGAGCAAAUCGUCCAGCUUCAAUGGCGAUUGGUCGUCGUUCUCCAGCUCCUGGGAACGGGUGACGAUGAACGAGCGGAACCGAUUGGUCGAGCAGCUGGAUCAGGGCGAGUUCUGGAUGUCGUUCUACGAUAUGACGCAAACUUUCACGCACCUCGAGUGUGUGCAUCUGGAUUCGGAUACGGCACGGGAUGAACCACAGCUGGCUGACAAGAGCCGCCGUUGGUUGAUGCGAUUGUACCAGGGGACGUGGAAACGAGGUGUGACGGCUGGUGGUUGUCGGAACAAUCCCGAUUCCUUCCACAUCAACCCACAGUUGCAGCUGUUCCUCAGCGAGAAGGAGGAUGUCAUUAUCUCGGUCAAUCAGCACAGCGUACUCGAACCGAAAGUGAUCGGAUUCACCGUCUAUAACCUCAACAGUGUGCAAAACAUCAAUGGAUGCCUUUCGAAGAACUUCUUCAAGAAGCACAAAAGUUUAGUCAAUUCGCAGUACACGAACUCCCGGCAGAUCAGCCACCGGUGUUCGCUAGAUCCCGGACGCUACCUUAUCAUGGCCACUACCUUCGAACCGGCGGAGGAAGCUUCGUUCAGUGUGCGAGUACUCGGUAGUACCAUACGGUUAGCGCUGCUCGAAACGCAAACCAUGCUACUGCUCGAUCCGUUCCCGCUGCUCAACUCCAACGCGAAAAUCUCGAUCGACUCAGCGAACAAUAAUAACAACAACAAUGGUGUUGCUUGUAGUACCGCGCAGUACGAACCCGUCUUUAUGCAGCUCGCCGAUGAUCAGAGAACAUUGAAUUGUUUCGAUCUGCAAGAGUUGCUGGAAGCAUGCCUGCCCAACGACUACAUUCGAAGCUGUGCCAGUAUAGACGUUUGUCGGCAGGUGGUCUGCCUGAUGGAUAAAUCCAACCGAGGCCGCAUCAACUUUAACGAUUUCAACAAGUUCAUGAUCAACCUGAAGACGUGGUGGGGUGUGUUCAAGAUGCAUACGAAGGAAAAGUCGGGCAUACUGAAGGCGGAACGGUUGCGGGACGCACUGUUUGACGUUGGUUUCCAGCUGAGCACGGAUAACAUCUCCAUUCUGAUCUUAAGGUACAUGCGACGAGAUGGAACCCUUCGACUAGCGGACUUCAUAUCGGCCAUCCUGCACCUCACAAUGGCUUUCGAGCUGUUCAAAGCGAAGGACACGAACCAGGAUGGUAUAAUCAGCAUGGGAAUGACCGAGUGGAUUAAAUCCGUGUUCAUGUGCUGAAGGCAAGCGAAAACUCCACACACGCAAUAACUCGUUGUAUUAGAUAGUUUUAAUGCUUGGACUCACUCAGAAAUUAGCUGGAACUGAUAUCCACUGUAGGGUAGAGGAUUGGAGGAGAUCGUCGAUAUCAAAAGCAACGUUGACACACACACAGCCAUGACCCGUAGAAUGAAGGCGAGGCACUAUAAAGUGUCUGCGAUGAGCAGAAGGGGGCGGGAGGAAGAACACAAUCUACCACAUACCGUUAAGCGUAAUCUGUUUAAAUACUCGGAUAAACCAUGUUGACCGUAAGGGUGGAGACCAUUGACAUUGUGUAAAAUAGUUUGUUAGGUUUGUCUGUUUACUAUCUUAACUAGAAUCGUGCUGUUAGAGGUAACGCAUCUGUGCAUUCGAUGAAAGUGGGGAACCUUUCGGAAAGCGCACGAAACGCGCUUUUCAAGUGCAUACGACAUUUGUAUUGAAAUUUUGUAAAUAAAGCAUUAUUAACUGAUCGGUUGAAUUGUAUGGUAA